CUCUGGAAUUAGUGACCCAGGUGGGAUCAAUCCCCCCUGAUUUAGAGCUAGAUGGUAGCCGACACAAUUGUACUUCAAAAAAAAUAUUUAUCAUUAAUAUUUAGAUUAUGCUCUCAAGAGGCAUAAUCCAAACUUUUUCUUACCCUUUUUCCUUAUCUGGAAAAUCAACGCCAGCAUGCUGAUCUUUUCUUCCCACUCACACUACCAACCAUCCUCAAGCAGCAGCCUAUAACACGAAGACACAUUCAAAAACACGCGCGCUGCGCUUUUACGCACGAGACCAGUGACACUGUGGAGGAGAGCAGCGUGGCAUGAAGACCGUCUACGUGUGAGCAUUUAGCUGUCAUCACUGCAAGAAGAUGAUCCUGCUGCCGGCUCUGUUGUUCAUUCUCUGGGGAGAAGAGGCUCGGUGCCUGGAGGAGAAUGGAGGCUUCACUUUUGAUGGAGACCUCCGCCACUUCGCUGUGGCCACCAACACUGUUUACAUCGCUACAGCGGAGACGCUCUACCAGCUGAGCCACGACCUGACUCUGGUCCAGAGUCUGACUCAGAGAGGAAUCCUGAAGGACGGGUAUCAGACGGACGAUGCGCAGUUUUCCCGGGUUUCUGAGACGGAUGAGCGGAACGCGACUUUCAGCGUCAACAUAUUAUUGCCUUUUGUUGAGAAUAAAACUCUGAUCAGCUGCGGUGUGAUCGAGUGCGGUUACUGCGAGGUGCUGGACCUGAAGAACAUUUCAAAGAUGCAGUAUAUGGAGCACAUCGAGGUGGGAUCCCCAAGGCGCAGCAGCGCAUCCAUCGGCUUCCUGGUGAAUGUGGUGAAUGUGGAGAAAACAGAGACUUACAUUCUGACUGCCACACAGCAAUACGAAGACAAAUCCACAAAGAGCAGCUGCUCCACGGAAUCAGAAGCGGUAGAACUUCGUAAUACGAAUCACAAGCAAUAUGGAACUAUAUUUUCCAAAAUUAGCGAGUUCUCUUCCGUUGCGAUCAAACGUUAUCCUACAGGUAGUGUGGAGUUUGUGGAUGGAUUUCAGAUCAGUUUAACCAUUUAUCUUUUCUCUAACCUGCCCUCAAGUGACAAAAGCAACAGAGUCCGUCUCAUUUGGCUCGAGGGCAAAACAAACAAAGCGCAGACUCUCAGGUCGCUGCGGGGAGCGACCCUCAGCAUCUCUGAUGGGGGGAAAGGCAGCAGACUCCUCGCCUCCUCCGUGAUCCCGGGCGGGCCGCCGGUGCUCUGGAGCGGCGUGUUCAGUGUGGACGGAGAACACACCGACACAGAGCUGCUACUGUUUGACAUCAGCCCUCUCACCGGAGUCACUGAUGUAGAUCCAGACUUCUGUAGUGUCUGCAGCACUGACAGGAAAAGACCGCCGCCAGAGACUCUGAAGCCCAAGGCGGUGCUCUUCAGGCAGAAGUCCAUGACCUCUGUGCUGGCAGUGAGACACAAGGCCUGGAUGGUUUUCUUCAUUGGGACAGGAGAUGGCCAGCUCAUUAAGCUUGCUGUGGACAAGAACUAUCACACCACCUGUCCCAGGGUGCUCUACAGGGCCACUGAUGACCGCCAAGUGUUUCCCAAAAUGCUUCUGGAUCAAGUGGAUCUUAAACAUGUGUACCUGCCACUUAGAAACCAGAUGAAGCGUGUGCCUGUGUCAAACUGCAGCACAUACACAAAUGUGCAGGACUGUUGGUCUGCACAGGAUCCGUACUGCGUCUGGUGCGGCACUAAAAAAAGUUGCACAUUUGAAGAUGACUGCCAAGAUUCAGACUGGUUAUCCAUUCCUGACGAUUCUCAACAGAAAAUGGUUUCCUACAAAGUUGUAAAGGACGACACAGGCCAGAUCACACUUAACAUCCAGACACAUCUGAGUGUGGGCCAGAAGGCGCUGUCUAACUUUGCCUGUCAAUUCUCUGCAAGUUCCAUUAAGCUUUGCAGAGACGGCCUUCCUCAACAGUUCCCACAAUGCACCUGCAUCCUUUCUAAUAGCACACUUCCUGCUGGAGGCCUGCAUGUCACAGUUAAGAUUAGAGUUGGGACGACACAAUUGUCUAAAGCACUGAAGCUGUCCAACUGCUCAGACAUCAGGGGACCACCAACUUCUGUCCUGUGUCGGCAGUGUAUCGGUGCCGGAUGUAGCUGGAGCGAAAAAGGCUGUUCCUGGGCAAAUGAAGGAGUGGGGAAUGACAGUGUUUGCCGAAAAGAUGGAAAUCCCGAGAUCUCCUCCAUCACUCCCAGUGUGGUGUCUUUCUACGGCAGAAACCAUGCAGUGUUGUCGGGUUCUAACCUCAGUGAUGUGAUCAGAGUGAGGAUCCAAGCGGACAUGGACUGCAAUCCACAAGAUCCACUGAUUCUCAACCUGUGGUACCAGCACCACUGGUGGUACGUGAGCUCCCUGUAG